CAAGUUACAGUCGAUCGGUCGGUCGAUCGGUCGGUCGAUCGCUCGCGCGGUUCCCUCUCUCACGCGACGCACAUUAUCAGCCGGAGCCCGGAUCCGUUGACUCGCGUUACGCAAUAGGCGCGCGACUCGCGACUCGCUACGAGCAUACGUGUCCCGAUAAGCCGUGCGCGCGCUCGCGAAUAAACAAGCCAGGCGUUAUUUGGACGAGCAACCGGCGCCUCUCGAUCCCACAGCAGUUUGACAUUGGAUCAGCAAGCGGAAUCCCGCUCGCGCCUCUCCUCGCUCCGAUGGCACUUGCACGACGCUUAGCGGCCUCGCUCGCACGCUUGGCCGGCAGUUGCGGCGUUGGCGGCGUUGACGGCGUUGGCGGCGUUGGCGGCGUUGGAGGCGUUGGCGGCGGCGUCGUUUCCGUAAGCAGAGGCCGUUUCAUCUCGCUGACGUCAUUCCGGCAAGGGAGGCUCGUGGCAUACAAACUUGCGGAUAUCGGCGAGGGGAUACGCGAAGUCACCGUCAAGGAAUGGUUUGUGAAGCCCGGUGACCGAGUGUCGCAGUUCGACAACAUCUGCGAAGUACAGAGCGAUAAGGCUUCUGUGACGAUAACCAGCCGCUACGACGGCAUCGUCAAGGCCCUCCACUACAAACUCGACGAGUCUUGCCUCGUGGGGGAUGCUCUGGUCGACAUCGAGCUCGAAGGUUCGUCCGAGGAGCCGUCCGAGGAGCCGUCCGAGGAGCCGUCCGAGGAGCCAGUUGCCGCGCCGACGACGCCCAAGCUCGAGUCGCCGGCUACGUCGACCGACAGCAAGGUGCUUACCACUCCCGCAGUCCGCAAGAUCGCCAAAGAGAACGACGUCGAUCUCGGACAAGUACCGGCCACGGGCAGGGACGGGCGCGUCCUCAAGGAGGACAUCCUCGCCUAUCUGGCCAACAGCCCUGCCUCGCGACAUCAGCAGCAGCAGCAGCAGCAGUCACCGCCGCCGCCACUUCCAAAUCUCCAGCCGACCUCUCAGAAGAAAUACGCCAAGCACAUGUGGAAGUCCAUGACCCAGUCUCUGACGAUCCCGCACUUUGUGUACAGCGACGAAUGCGAUGUCUCCAAACUAGUCGCACUACGGACCGAAGUCAAGGAAGCCUUCCAACGCCAAUCGCUCGGUUUAUCUUACAUGCCAUUCUUCAUCAAAGCCAUAUCUCGAGCUCUACUCGAAUAUCCCGAGCUAAACGCCUGGGUCAACGAGGAAACCGAGUCGCUGGACGUCAGGAAAGAGCACAAUAUUUCCCUUGCCAUGGAUACUCCAGGGGGAUUGGUUGUGCCAAACAUCAAGAACGUCCAACAGCUCAGUGUUGUCGAUAUUGCCAGAGAGCUCAAUAGAUUGCAAGCUCUUGGCCGCAAUGCCUCCAUUCCUCUCGCUGAUCUCACAGCCGGUACCUUUUCGAUAUCCAACAUUGGAAUUGUCGGCGGUACCUACACAAAACCAGUCAUAUUAUCGCCCCAAAUCGUAAUAGGAGCCGUCGGCAAAAUUCAGAAGUUGCCAAGAUUCGACGAGCACGAUAACGUUAUUGCCACAAAUAUAUUGUCAGUUAGUUGGGCAGCAGAUCACAGAGUUGUCGACGGUGUGACUAUGGCUAAAUUCUCCAAUUUUUGGAAGCGUUAUAUCGAAAAUCCAUCUCUCUUACUUACAGGAAUUUAA